AUGAGGCGGCUCCUGCUGCCGGUGCUCGUGCUCGUGCUACUGGGGCUCCUCGUCGCUGGCGACGAUCCGUACGCAGUGCUGGGGGUGAAGCGGACAGCGUCCGAUGCAGAGGUUCGCAAAGCGUACCACGUGCUCGCGCUCAAGUGGCACCCGGACAAGAACCCGGGCAACCCGCGAGCCGAGCAGCAGUUCAUGCGCGUUAAAGACGCGUACGACCGACUGACGAGCGCCCCGGCAGCUUCUGAACCAGAUCGACGUCAACGGCAGCACAGCUCGUACCGUCAGCAGCAGCAUCGUCAAAACUACAAGUGGCGUCAUGACAAUCAGUAUCGGUACCAGUACCAGCAGCGAUGGGACCUGACGCACUUGACGACGCCCUUCUUCUGCAUGCUUUUGCUUGCCGUGAUCGCGGGAUUGCUGCAAUGGGGAGCCAAUGCAACAGGGACUAAUGAUGUGCAGGAAGAUGCACGAUCGACGUCAACGCAGGAGGAGGCUAAGCAAGAAGUUCCGUUGCAACAGCUCGCCAAGAUCUUUGCGCCAUCGAUUUACGAGCUGCAUCCGCUUUACUUGACGGCCAGAGGGCGACGGACGCUGGUGUUUUUUCCGGACGAUGCGCGACAUGGAUGCAGUGUGCGAGACCAGCUCAGUGUCAUCGAGACACUUGCGACUGAGUUUCGGCGCGACCCUCUUACGUUUUGCUGGCUGGACUUGAAGACGCAGACUAUUGGGAAGCGUAUGCGCUGGGAAGCACAAUUCGGAAAGGCAUCAGCACCGUUUGUCGUGGGAUUCAGUUACAAAGGCAAAAAGUGUUCGUUGCUGCCUGCACGCACUAGCAGUAACGAAGACCGUCGAGCUCUUGAAGACGUUGUUCGCAGGUGGCUUUUGCGUCUUGCAGGUGGCGAGGUGUCGCAGGUGCCGACAGUGCCCGAUCUCUUUUGA